AAGUACAACACAACUCUGUGCAGAGCUCUCCAUUCAUUUCCUGAGAGCUGCCUGCCUGCCUGCGCGCAGCAGCUGAGAGGCAGAAGGGGAGGGAGCUGCGCGCACACACACACACACACACACACACACGCACACAUUACACACACACACACACACACACGGCCAUACUCACAGAUAGGAGAGGGGGGAAAAGGAGACCGUGGAAAGGAAAACAGUCUCCACGGCUCUGCAGCUUCUGACAAGGCUGCUGAAGAGACAGGAUGUUAAUGCUCGACGGAAUGCCUGCUGUACGAGUCAAAACCGAGCCCCUGGAAUCGGAACAAGGGUCUCUCAAAGUGCAUCCUUACUCCGCGAUGGACGGCGUGCCCUUCUUCCUCAGCAGAGUGAAAGCGGAGCCCCCGGAAGACCUCCUUGCUCACGACCUGCACUUCCACACGCAGACCGAGCCGGUGGACCUGUCCAUCAACAAGCCCCGCCCCUCCUCGUCCUCCCACAUCAUGUCGUCCUCGCCGCGGAGAUCGGCCUUCUCGCCGUCGUCUCUGUCCUCGUCCUCUUCUUCUUCGUCGCCGUCCGUCAUCACCUCGGCCUCCUCGUUGCUCUCGCCGGGCCCUCUGGUGGCGCCCGGCGGCGGGAUGAGAGGUCAGCCGUAUUUGCACAUCCUGCACUCUGUGCCGCCGCCUCCGUCCAGCCCGCUGGGCCUGCAGGCUAUGGGCAAGCUGGGCAGUCACGUGCGCCGCAUCCCUGUGGUGGUGCAGUCGCUGCCCCUCAUGUACACCACCGCCGUGCGCUCGCCCUCCAGCCUCAACAACGCCAUCAUGCUACCUCUGCUGGACGACGCCAAGAGCCAGGGCAAAGCGCACAUGGAGCACAACGGCCUGUCGCCACGGCAGAUAAAAAGCGACAGCGACGACGACGACCUGCCCAACGUGACCUUGGACAGCGUCAACGAGACCGGCUCCACUGCACUGUCUAUAGCCCGCGCCGUCCAAGAUUCCAUGUCACCGUUCAGUAUUGACAGCAUACGUCGCCCGCGGCGGUCGGAGUCGCCCGAUUCGAAAAAGAGGCGAAUCCACAGAUGCGACUUUGAGGGCUGCAAUAAGGUUUACACCAAAAGCUCCCAUUUAAAAGCACAUAGGAGGACACACACAGGAGAAAAGCCUUACAAAUGCACCUGGGACGGCUGCACGUGGAAGUUCGCCCGCUCCGACGAGCUGACCCGACAUUACCGUAAGCACACCGGGGUGAAGCCCUUCAAGUGUGCGGACUGUGACCGCAGCUUCUCCCGCUCGGACCACUUGGCUCUGCACCGACGCCGACACAUGCUGGUGUGAGCCCACAAUUCAGCUGCCGGGGGAGCGGGAUCUCCCUGGGAAAUGUUUUUCAGCAGGCCUGGAUGCAGCACAUCCAACACACAUCCAGAGAGCGAGCGAGAGAGAGAGCACAAAACAGGGUCAAUUUGGACUUGGAAGAACAAUCAGGAUCUUUUAAUUGUUCUGAAGCAGCACUGUUUGUAAAUGUUUGGCUUUGAUUUUUUUUCCCCGGCUGCUUUUACAGCAUUUAAUAAUGUGAAAGACCUCCCCGGGUUUUUUUCUCUCCACGCCGGCUCUUUUUCAAGCAGAUUGGACGCUUGGCCAGCAGAGGGCGCCACUGGAUGACAGAAGCAGCCCACAGUGGCGACCACCCUUUCAGCUGGUGCUGGCCCAGGAGCAGCAACAAGCCAUCUGUGCAGGAAGGUGGGUUCAGUCUUUUUUUUUAAGGUGGACCCUUUUUAGUGCUGUGAUUAGCAAUCAGAUCCGUAAAAAAAAAAAUCAAGUGCAAUCUCACCAGGUCAUGUUUCUUUCUUGAAAAUUGCUCACCCUCGUGAACAGAGAACUUUGAAAACAAUCAAGAGAAUAUUUACCGCCACAGAGGCACCUUAAGGACUCUUUUGCUUCUUCUUCUUCUUCUACUCUCAGCCCAGGUUUUGGAAUUUAGUCGUUUUUUGUUUUUUGUUUUUUUUUUGCACAGCAGCACUAGACUGUACGCUGGCUGCAGUGUUACAAAGGUGGCGGCACACAAGUGAAUACAGACGAGCAAUACUUUCUGAACGCCGAGCUCCGCCCUCUUUGCGUCCUUUCUUGAUGUCAAGAUUUUGCUCCGCCCUCGGCUCGUUUUUUUGCUCAUUUCAUCCAACACACUUUGUCAAGUAUGGAUUUUUUUGAUACAUUUGGUUGUGGUGUACUUUUGUUUUUGCGGCACUAAACAGUACGUGGUGGGCCCCCGGGGGGUCAGAUAUGCCACUGUUCGCUACAAAAACAAACAAAAUCUCACAGAAACUUACCAAAAGCCCCCUCAAAAAACAUGAAUGCUCGUGUAUGACACCAAGUCAAAAGUUUGAGAACAGCAUGAGAAAGUGGGUGCGAACCUUGGACUGGUCCUUUGUCGUAAUCAUAGCAAUAAUACGUAUUGAUCAAUUACAGUGGAAACUCUUAAGGCAGAGGUUUCAAACUCAAUUUACCGGGGGGCCACAGGAUGCAGGGCCGCAAGAAAAGAUUUCUUAAAAAAUAUAUUUUUAAAUGUCUUUAUUUUUCUUUUCAAAACAAAAUAAAAUCAAAAUAUAAAUGCACAAAAUGGGAAUUAAGUAAUGUGAAUUAAACAAUAAUUAAUGAAAAAAAAAUAAUGGUUUGAAUUGGUCCAGGUUGUCGGGGACUGUUAUUACUGACGGACAGGUGUCGCCCUCAUCUCCAUGGCAACGUCUCUGUCGCUUUCACUCAUUUGCCACUUUUCCACUAAUGCAGGGGUAGGCAACCCAGAACGUUGAAAGAGCCAUUUUGGACCCAAAGAACAAAAAUCUUCUCAGGGGGGGUUGCUCGCCGUGGAUAUUACAGGUACGGUAGCAUCGGGCUAACAUCACGACUGACAUGUUACACGUCCGAUUCGCUCAGCGCUGGGGUCCAGUGCACCACAGUUUUGUAUUGUCGCUCGGUCCUUCGGCGGACUGCUUUGGAAGCUAGCGGGCCGCUCGUCUCCCCGGCAUGGACUUUUUACAGCUUCGCCGGGGUAGGGAGCAAGAAAGAGACUCACAGGGAGGUAAGAAGAGCGCGUGCGGGUCUAGUGGAAAAAGCGGCAAAACGUUUCUCUGCUUGCAUCACGCAAGUGACGUCAAUGUUCGGCCCUCAAGAGCAACAUUCCACACCGUGAUUGGUAGAUUCCUUCAGCUUGGCACACAACACUGUCAAGCGCCGUUCAUAUAAAACUUGCGGACCGCACUAACAUUAAACUUUCAUAUUAAGGUGGGGGUAGCAAAAUAACGUCUUGCGUGUCUGAGACCCCUGUCUUAAGGCUUGUAUCUCUAAACAGUUCUCGCUCGUAGGAACAGAAUUAGUCUGCUUUAGUGUCAACAUACUUGCCAACCCUCCCGAUUUUCCCGGGAGACUCCCGAAUUUCAGUGACACCUCCCGAAAAUUUCCUAGGGGUACCAUACUCCCGAAUUUCUCCCGAUUUCCACCCGGACAACAAUAUUGGGGGCGUGCCUUAAACGCACUGCCUUUAGCGUCCUCUCUCACUUGAAAAGGAGACUUUAAUUGAUUGAUUGAGACUUGUAUUAGUAGAUUGCACAGUACAGUACAUAUUCAAUAUGCAAUUGACCACUAAAUGGUGACACCCGAAUACGUUUUUCUACUUGUUUAAGUCGGGGUCCACGUUAAUCAAUUCAUGACUAUUAUAUAUGUCUGUGUUUUCCAUAGGUUUAUGUGUAACUCAUAAAGUAGGCAGGCACGGAGCUAUUUCUCAGCAUGUGUUUAUUCCAGGCCGGCACGUUAAUACACUGACACGCAGCAUCCGGAUUCCCAUCAUACAUUGCUUCAAAACUACGGCAAGUAGUAAUGUCCAAAAAACAUAACAAAGACGAAGCAGAAGAACGAAGAAGAGACAUGGCGACGACGAGUAAGAAGAAGAAGUAUGCUUGCAAGUUCCAAAAUGAAUUUUUUUGUAAAAAAAAAAAUCAAUUCAUCCAGGACAGCUCGAAGGGGAAAGGGUAUGCAGCCUGCAAAUUUUGUAGAUCAGACUUCUCCAUUAAACACGGUGGCCAAAUGGAUAUACUCAUUCAUGAACAGAUUAUUUAUAUAUCUAUAUAAGAAAUACUUGAAAAUAUAUACACCUCCCCAAUCUCUGGAAUUCAGAGGUCUCAAGGUUGGCAAGUAUGAGUGUCAAUUGUAGCCUAUAAAUGUUUAAAGUUACAUUUAAGCAUCCGUAAUUGACAAAAAAAUGUCUCCAGUAUGAUAAGAAGCAGUAUAGCAGCAAGCUCGCGACCGGAACAAGGGAUGUGUGGAAACCUAAAAAGAAAUAAUAAUAAUAAUAAUUAAAUAACCCCCAAAAAUUAUCACGCGUGUUUACCGAACCUCUUGAGUUUUCUGUUCAAAUUUUGCAUCAUUCAAAAAAAAAUACUUAAUAGCAGCCCGGUGAAACAAGGGUUAGUGCAUGCGCCUCACCAUACGAGCGUCCUGAGUUCAAUCCCGGGAUCUUUCUGUGUGGAGUUUGCAUGUUCUCCCCGUGACAGCGUGGGUUCCCUCCGGGUACUCCGGCUUCCUCCCACUUCCAAAAACAUGCACCUGGGGAUAGGUUGAUUGGCAACACUAAAUGGUCCCUAGUGUGUGAAUGUGAGUGUGAAUGUUGUCUGUCUAUCUGUGUUGGCCCUCUAAUGAAGUGGCGACUUGUCUAGGCCUUACCCCGCCUUCCACCCGAAUGCAGCUGAGAUAGGCUACCCGUGACCACGAAAGAGACAAGCGGUAGAAAAUGGAUGGAUGGAUGGAUUAUCAAUAAUAACGGCAUGAAGAGGAACAUUUCAUAUCCAGUUAUCAUUAUUCUCCGGGUGUUGUUGAGUGUGCUCAAAAAGAACUCACAGUUUACACAUGCUGAAAUAUUUUAGCCAAGUUUUCUUCUUUCUCCAGGAAAUGAGCAGCACUUUUCACAAGUGCGAUGUUUAAGAUUUUACAAUUUUAAACGGUAUUAAUAUCAGUCAGGAAUUUAACCAAAGUGGAUCAUUCUAGUAAUCAUCUUGACAUCCCUUAACUGCAUGUUGACCUAAAUUUUUUUUAUAUCAAAUACAUUUUUUGCAAAUAUUUUUUUUUUUUGCAUUUUCGAUAAAGUUCAGAACUUCCCCCUUAGCGUCAAAUAAAAAUCUGUGACUCGCUGAUGCCUGAUGCUGAAAUGCCUUUCGUAUUUAAGGCGUAUUUUCACAAAAAUAUUGCUGUGUUGACAAUUUUAGGACGGUUGAUUUCAUUUUGAGGUUCCACUGUUAUGAUCUUGGUAGUCCCGAUUUUUCUUUGUCCACAAAGAUAUGAUGAACAAUCUUUCCCACGUCAGUACGCUAAUGCAGUGGUUCUCAACCUUUUUUCAGUGAUGUACCCCCUGUGAACAUUUUUUUAAUUCAAGUACCCCCUAAUCAGAGCAAAACAUUUUUGCUUUGAGAUAAAGAAAUAAAAUACAGCACUAUGUCAUCAGUUUCUGAUUUAUUGAAUUGUAUAACAGUGCAAAAUAUUGCUCAUUUGUAGUGGUCUUUCUAGAACUAUUUGGAAAAAAAGAUAUAAAAAUAACUAAAAAAUUGUUCAAAAAUAAACAAGUGAUUCAAUUAUAAAUAAAGAUUUCUACAGAUAGAAGUAAUCAUCAACUUAAAGUGCCCUCUUUGGGGAUUGUAAUAGAGAUCCAUCUGGAUUCAUCAACUUAUUUCUAAACAUUUCUUCGCAAAAAAAGAAAUCUUUAACAUCAAUAUUUAUGGAACAUGUCCACAAAAUCUAGCUGUCAACACUGAAUAUUGCAUUGUUGCAUUUCUUUUUCACAGUUUAUGAACUCACAUUCAUAUUUUGUUGAAGUAUUAUUCAAUAAAUAUAUUUAUAAAGGAUUUUUGAACUGUUGCUAUUUUUAGAAUAUUUUAAAAAAAUCUCACGUACCCCUUGGCAUACCUUCAAGUACCCCCAGGACUAGGCGUACCCCCAUUUGAGAACCACUGCACUAAUGUGUGCUACGAUACUGUAUCUACACUUUAUUUCCCCAGCUAUGAAAGCAGUUGUUAAUAUUAUCAGAUAUCGUUGCUAAAUGCAUUCAUUGGACUGAAGCCAGUAAAAGAAAACGGUGACCUUUUUUUAAUAGCACCUUUUACGCUACACGCCCUUAAAAGGUUAUAUAUAAUAAAUCCCCCCCUUCCCCCCUGCAUACUUACUCGCAGUCCAGGAGGUAAACCCACGCCAUGUGUAAAAUGUAUAUGUUAUCCUUAUUUAUGUACUGUAUAUAAUUUGUGCACAUAUCAUUACAGGCCGAUUGUGUUAUCAGUUUAUAGCAACAGCACCUUGUCAUUAUUUAGUAUGAUUUUUUGUUGUUGUUGUUGUUAAAUGAUUUUAUUGAAGAUGUCAAUUUAUCAGACGAAUAAUCAUCAUCAUAUUUUAUGAUCCGUAUAGUUUAUAAAUAUAUAUAAAUAUAUAUAUAUAACAUUUUAUGAUCGAGGGGCACUUGCUUGUAUAACUUUUGUGUUUCUGUAAAAAACAAUUCACAAUCUGCAAUGUUGUAAUAUAUGUGAUGAAGUUUUACAAACAAACAUCUUGUAUAUACGUUGGCGAAAGAGGGCUUUUUGAUUAUAGGAGCAGGAAACAUGUUUCUACAGGAGAGACCAACAUUUGAAGACGCUUUUCAUUUCUUUUUACAACCGGAAUAGUUGAAUUUCAACCGGUUCGACAUCAAUGCAUUCUAGUCGUUUUUUUUAACAUUUUCGUUUCAUAUAUUUGUCAAAAGGAUUAGUCUUAAUUUAUUUUUACAUUAACCUGUCCCAUGUCAUUGUAUUUUGUUGUUAAGCAUGAACACACUAAGUUAAUACAAUGGUCGGAAAAGUCGUGUCUUUAUCAAUUUAGUCUCAUAUGAUUAUGAAUUUUUAAUUAAUUCGUUUUUAAUAUUUUUAUUUUGUUUAUAUUUAUAAAAAAUAAAUAAAAAAAAUUAUGACUUUAUUCUUCGAAGUCAACAAUUUCCCUUCAAUAAUACAACUUUUUUUUCCUUGUAAUAUUUAUUUUUCUCCAAAAAAAAAAAAAAAAAUUCUGAUAUUAUUCACAAAAGUAACUGUUUUACCCCCUUUUUAAAAAAAAAUCACAAUCAUUUUGUUGGACUUGCAUCUUAUGUCACUAUAUUUUUGUAAUUCUAUAAAUUCUCUAUUUAGACUAUUAUAAAUAUACACUAUAUUGCCAAAAGUAUUUGGCCACCUGCCUUGACUAACAUAUAAACUUGAAGUGUCAUCCUAUUCCUAACCCAUAGGGUUCAAUAUGAUGUCAAUCCACCUUUUGCAGCUAUUACAGCUUCAAUACUUCUGGGAAGGCUGUCCUCAAGGUUGCGCAGUGUGUUUAUAGGAAUUUUCAACCAUUCUUCCAAAAGCGCAUUGGUCGAGAAGGCCUGGCUCUCAGUCUGUUGUAAUUAAUCUCAAAGGUGUUCCAUCGGGUUCAGGUCAGGACUCUGUGCAGGCCAGUCAAGUUCAUCCACAGCAGACUCUGUCAUCCAUGUCUUUAUGGACCUUGCUUUGUGCACUGAUGCACAGUCAUGUUGGAAGAGGAAGGGGCCCGUUCCAAACUAUUCCCACCAAAUGUAUCCUGGAGCUUUUAAAGUUCCUUUCACUGGAACUAAGAGGCCAAGCCCAACUCCUGGAAAACAAACCCACACCAUAAUUCCUCCUCCACCAAAUUUCACACUCGGCACAAUGCAGUCCGAAAUGUACUGUUCUUCUGGCAACCUCCAAACCCAAACUUGUCCAUCAGAUUGCCAGAUGGAAAAGUGUGAUUCAUCACUCCAGAGAACACAUCUCCUCUGUUCUAGAGCCCAGUAGCGACUUGCUUUACACCACUGCAUCUCACGCUUUGCAUUGGACUUGGGGAUGUAUGGCUUAGAUGCAGCUGCUCGGCCCUGAAAACCCACGCCAUGAAGCUCUCUGCGUACUGUACGUGGGCUAAUUGGAAGGUUGCAUGAAGUUUGGAGCUUUGUAGCGACUGACUGUGCAGAAAGUCUUUGCACUAUGCGCUUCAGCAUCCGCUGACCCCUCAGUUUACGUGGCCUACCACUUGGUCGCUGAGUUGCUGUUGUUCCCAAACUCUUCCAUUUUCUUGUAAUAAACUAGACAGUUAACUUUGCAAUAUUUAGGAGCGAGGACAUUUCACGACUGGAUUUGUUGCUCAGGUGGCAUACUAUGACAGUUCCAUGCUGGAAAUCACUGAGAGCGGCCCGUUCUUUCAUAAAUGUUUGUAGAAACAGUCUCCAUGCCUAAGUGCUUGAUUUUAUAAACCUAGGGCUGGGCCAAGUCAUUAGGACACCUGAUUCUUAUAAUUUGGAAUGGGUGCCCAAAUACUUUUGGCAAUAUAGUGUAUUUUAGUUAAAAUACCAAUAUAUCCACUUUAUAAUCAUACAAGAAUAUUCGUACGUACUGUAAUAGACAUUUUUCCCAGUUUUUUCUUGUAUUAUGUUUUUUUACCUGGUGUGAUUAUGACAUUUUUUUUUCCAAUAUGAUUUUCAUAGUGUAUGAUUUUUUUUCUUCUUAAAUACACAUUUCUGCUAUUUUUUGUUUUUUAACAAAUACUGUGUUUGUAAGAUUAGGCCCCUAAAUACAAAGUUUUUCCGAGAAUUCAUUUGUUCUCGUACGGUUACAAAUUUUUCCUUAUGUAUGUUAAGGACAUUUUUACAGCAUUUUUUUUUUUUUCAAAUAAAAUUGUGACUACAUAUUUUUCCCCGAAAACAUGCCAUUUGAUUUCGGAACAAUCCGACUUUACUCCGAUCGUUGAAUUAUUGAAAUACAUUAGUGUGGAACAGGUUAACGUAACAAAUAUCACGUAGAGUCAAUGUUUUCAUUCCAUUCGUCCGUGUUAGCUCACGAUCAAAUCCCAAAUAACAAUCAAAAAAGUUUUGUAAACAUGAAUUGCAAUCUCCUGGUGGCGUUCCCAGCCGAGAUAUUGUAUUGAUCAACAAAAGUCGGGCGUAUUUUAUUCGCCGACAUUUUUGACAAAUUGCAGACAGGGUGUAUUGUAUUUUCGGCAAAACAUAUUUUUUCCACAUUUUUAAAGCAUAAUUUUGAAACGGUUUCCAGGGUCAAAGUUAUGCAAUAACAAUAAUAAUAAUACAAAUAAUAAUUUUGAUGGUGAUGAAUAGUGCCUCAUGUCACAUAUUUUGAUUUGACCCAUUUUUUUCAACGUGAGAAACCAACAAUAAUACAAAAAAAAAAAAAGCACAGGCAAACAAUAUGCAAGUCGGACCUCGAGAUGUUUCAACGGUGAAUUUUGAUGCCGUUUAUUGUUCAGCAACAUUUCACGCUGUUUUUCACUGCGCCUUUUUGUACAUUGCAAUAACUUUCAAAACCAUCGUAUCCGUUUUAGCGAUUCAUCGAGGAAUCCAACUUAAUGUAAGAUUGAUGCCUUUUUACUAAAUCGGUUCUCUAACUAUUUCACUUUCUGUCUUUUGAUUUCCUGGAUCGGAAGAAUUUCGAGCGGUGAAGCCGAUGUUUUUUUCAUUUUGCUGAUAUUUCGUAUCGUAAAUGGUUGUUCCUGUAUUUACGUAAAGUGAGUGUAGUGUAAAUAUACAUUUUUUUUUUUCUGGCAAAAUCUUUUGUGAUCUUUCCGUAAUAAAAAUGUGAUAUCGCUCAGCAAAGUCCGCUUCAAAAGGGAGAUUUCUGCUCAAAGAAAAACAACGACACUGUUGUUGUUGUUUUUUCCCUCUCUCUUUCAGAUCUUCAACAAAAAAAAAAAACAUGGUGCCCUUUAUUUGUGUUACACUUUGUUUUAAGUAGCCUAUCCAGUCAGUGGUUUGUCUUGUUAUUUGUAUUUUCUUUUCUUUUAUAUGGAUGGAGCUGUGAAAUUCAAAUGAGUUGAAACAUAUAAAUGUAUAUUAAUAUGAAUGGAGGCAUGAAGGUUAAUAAAAUUGCAUUUUCUAUGUAACACCAGCAAA